CCCACUGAAUUUGAGCUCCAACUACAUUUUGUUGAACAGCUUUUAUAUCUCUCUCUACAACUCAUGAAACAUGAACUCAACUCACUUAACUUGUCACCGACUCCGUGGACUCUUCUUGAGUGUAAGGUUUAGUCACACAAAGUUCUAAACCAACUGGAAAUGGGUCGCGGGGUCAGUGCCGGUGGUGGUCAAAGCUCUUUGGGCUAUCUCUUUGGCAGUGGAGAAACCGCGGCCGCCAGCAAUGUCCAAAGAGCAAGCAGUCAUGGUCAGCCUGCAAAUGGUGGACAUACUCCUUCUAAUGUGCAUACUGCAUCACCACCAACUGAGAAGCAAAUUCCGGCCGGAAUUCCAGGGACUCUUACCAACAAUUACCACCGGGCCGAAGGACAGAACUGCGGCAAUUUUCUCACAGAUCGACCAUCUACGAAGGUUCAUGCUGCCCCAGGUGGUGGAUCUUCCUUGGGUUACCUCUUUGGUGGUCCUCCUCCUAGUGGGAACUAAUUCAUGUGUGUGGGAGGGUGCUUCUUCAUUCUCACUGCGGUGUGUAAAAUGAAUACAAGUGUCUUUGUGUUGAGAUCCAAAGUUAUGGACUUGUUCCAUGUGUAAUUGAUUUCUACAUUGCCUUGACAAUGCUGGUGCUCUGAUAUAGCUUAAGCUAUGCUUAUCAGUGAUCAAUAGUGUUCUCUUUUCUUUUCUUAAUGAAAUUGUCUAUGCAUUUAAUUCCCUA